AUGGCUGAAAUUUCAGAAAGAUGUCCUCUUCCAAGGUGGAAGCCAACAGCGGAGCAAUUACAAAUACUGGAAAUAUUAUAUAAAAAUGAUAAUUCCACUCCAACCACUGAGAAUAUACAUCAUAUUGCCGAUUCUCUCAGAAGAUAUGGAGAAAUACAAGCAAAAAAUGUCUUUUACUGGUUUCAAAACCGCAGAGGAAAUGAACGUGUAAACAAGCGCCGAAGAUUGGAUGAAGCGAUGGCUUCAGAUGGGCCAAAGCUUGCAAGGAUCACAACUGAAACAACAAUCAAGGAGAAGUGUAGCAUGCGAGAUGAAUGGAGAGGCAACCUAAGGAAGUGCAAUGAUGGGAAUGAUUACAAAUAUGAAUAUGAUAAAUUAGUAAGUCCCCCAAAUGAGAAUUUGGGGAGGAGAGGAUGGGCAGUGCCUCGAAUCGACACCAGGGUGAAACCAGCUAGGACUCCACACUCUGCAGAAUUUCAACAAUCUGAACACAGAAAUAAAGCAUUACGAACUUUACAAUUAUUUCCACUCAAUCCAACUAAUAUUAGAUAUAGAAAUGAUGAUGUAUUGGAUUCAAAAUAUUCAUUUACUUGA